UGCCGCUGUCGCGGCGACGCGUCAGCGAGGGCGUCGAGGCGACGGCGCCGCCUAGUCAGCCGGCCGCGCUGCUCAUGCACCAGAACUCAGCGCCGUGCGGCGUGCCCGGGCUGCCGGCCGAGCAGCCGGCCUCCGCGCCGCUGCUGCCCGUCGUCAUCCAGUGGAAGAAGGGCGGCCAGGACGUGCAGCUGUGCGGCACGUUCACCGGCUGGAAGCCGAUCCCGAUGGCGCGCAGCGAGAGCAACAUGAACUCGGAGCACAUGAGCAUCGUCAACCUGCCCGAGGGCCGGCACGAGUACAAGUUCCGCAUCGACGGCGAGUGGGUGGUGGACGCCAGCGAGCCCACCACCGACGCGCCCGCCGGCGACAAGAACAACUACAUCACCGUCAAGGGCUCCGACUUCGCCGCGUGCGAGGCGCUCAACCUGGAGACCGUGCAGACGGGCGACAUGUCCGGCUCGCCGCCGGGGCGGUACGGCUGCGAGCCGCCGCCCACGCGCGCCGCGUCCUGGGACCACCGCUCGCCGGCGCAGCCGCCGGCGCUGCCUCCGCACCUGCUGCAGGUCAUCCUCAACAAGGACACGCCUGUCUCCUGCGAGCCCACGCUGCUGCCGGCGCCCAAUCACGUCAUGCUCAACCACCUGUACGCGCUGAGCAUCAAGGAAGGUGUGAUGGUGCUCAGCGCCACGCACCGCUACCGCAAGAAGUACGUGACCACGCUGCUGUACAAGCCCAUCUAGGGCGGGCCGGGGCAAGGCACCCCGCGC